AUGGCCCCUUCCACUAUUGACAACCUCGAGCGCGAGGACCACAAGCGCGAUGCCGACUUCAACAAGGCGCUCCACGGCAAGUCUGCGCAGGCCAAGGGCGGUAUCGCCGCCAUGUUCAGCAAGGGCAGCGACGCGAAGAAGGCCGCUGUCGACGAGUACUUCAAGCACUGGGACAACCAGGCGGCCAAGGACGAGACCCCUGAGCAGAGGGCCGCCCGUCAAGCCGAGUACGCGACUCUGACAAGACACUACUACAACCUGGCGACCGACCUGUACGAGUACGGCUGGGGCCAGUCCUUCCACUUCUGCCGCUUCACCAAGGGCGAGCCUUUCUACCAGGCCAUCGCCCGUCACGAGCACUACCUCGCUCACUGCAUCAACAUUAAGCGCGGCAUGAAGGUUCUCGACGUCGGAUGCGGUGUUGGUGGCCCUGCUCGUGAGAUUGCCAAAUUCACUGGCGCUCACAUUACCGGCCUGAACAACAACGACUACCAGAUCGACCGCGCCACGCACUACGCCGCGAAGGAGGGCCUUUCCGGCCAGCUCGACUUUGUCAAGGGUGACUUCAUGCAAAUGUCGUUCCCUGACAACUCCUUCGACGCCGUCUACGCCAUUGAGGCGACGGUGCACGCCCCCACCCUCGAGGGCAUCUACAGCGAGAUCUUCCGUGUCCUGAAGCCUGGCGGUGUCUUUGGCGUGUACGAGUGGCUCAUGACUGAUGAGUACGACAAUGACAACCUCGAGCACCGCGAGAUCCGUCUCGGCAUUGAGCAGGGCGACGGCAUCGCCAACAUGUGCAAGGUCGAUGAGGCCCUUGCUGCCAUGAAGGCGGCUGGUUUCGAGAUGAUCAUGAACGAGGAUCUCGCGGCGGGCGACGAUGAGUACCCCUGGUGGUGGCCCAUGGCCGGCGACCUGUCCUACCUCCAGUACGCCUUUGACUUCUUCACGAUUGCUCGCAUGACCAAGUGGGGUCGCUUCAUUGCGCACAACACGGCUGGCUUGCUCGAGAUGAUCAAGCUGGCGCCUGCUGGCACCAAGAAGACGGCGGACAGCCUGGGCCUGGCAGCCGACUGCCUGGCCGCUGGUGGCAAGAAGCACCUCUUCACGCCCAUGUACCUCAUGGUUGCGAAGAAGCCUGAGAACUAA